CAAAAAUUUCUUUAAAAGAAGUUUGUAGAAAGUAACACUGACUAACAUAUUCUGGAGAAGUGGUGGUAUAUUUCUGAUGAGGGUGCUUCAAAUGCCCCAACUUGUAAGACAUGGUCCAUUUCAAAGUCACCCAUGUUGCUACACUUCGCAUGUAUCUUCAAGAUUACCGGUAUGUUUUGUUUCAUGGAACCCUUCAAGUUCAACCAACCCCACAAAUGACAUCAAGAACAACAACAACGAUUUGAUUCAAUCAUUAUGUAGAGGUGGCAAUCUUAAGCAAGCAAUUCAGGUCUUGUGUACCGAGCCGAAUCCAACUCAUAAGACUUUCGAGGUUUUGAUAUGUUCUUGCGCGCAACAUAACUCUCUUUCUGAUGGUCUUGAUGUUCAUCACCAUCUUGUCGGUACUGGUCUUGAUCACCAUCUUGUCGGUAAUGGUCUUGUUUCAGCUAAUGAUGCUUGAGGCAUGCGAUUCCGUUCCAAAUCCGGUUACAAUGGUUAGUGUGCUUCAAGCUUGUGCAAGUCUUGCUGCAUUGGAACAUGGAAAGUUGGUUCAUGGCUAUAUCAUUAGAAAGGGUCUUGAUUCUAUAUUGCCGGUUCUUAACACCCUUAUAACAAUGUAUGGAAGAUGCGGUGAGAUUUCGACAGGACAACGUGUGUUUGAUUAUAUGAAGAAACGCGAUGUUGUUUCAUGGAAUUCUUUGAUUUCUAUUUAUGGUAUGCAUGGUUUUGGAAAGAAAGCCAUCCAAAUUUUUGAAAAUAUGAUCCACAAUGGAGUUUCGCCGAGUUACAUAUCGUUUAUUACAAUUUUGUGUGCUUGCAGCCAUGCAGGCCUUGUUGAGGAGAGAAAGAUUUUGUUUGAAUCUAUGCUUAGUAAAUACAGGAUCCGUCCAUGUAUGGAACAUUAUGCUUGUAUGGUUGAUCUUCUUGGCCGAGCUAACAUGUUUGAUGAAGCAAUGAAACUAACAGAAGAUAUGGAUUUUGAACCAGGACAAACCGUUUGGGGUUCCCUUCUCGGAUCUUGUAGGAUUCACUGUAAUGUUGAGCUUGCCGAGAGAGCAAGCAUUAUGCCUUUUGAGUUGGAGCCUAUGAAUGCUGGCAAUUAUGUGCUUUUAGCAGAUAUUUACGCAAAAGCUAGGAUGUGGAAUGACGUAAGGCGUGUGAGGAAAUUAUUAGAAACUCGCGGCCUGCAAAAGAUUCCGAGCUGCAGUUGGAUUGAAAUCAAAAGGAAGAUAUACUCACUUGUCUCUGUGGAAGAGUAUAAUCCACAAAUCGAAGAGCUUCGUGCUUUUCUAAUUACAUUGUUGACUGAGAUCAAGAAUCAGGGCUAUGUUCCGCAGACAAACAUUGUUGUUUAUGAUCUCGAUGAAGAAGAGAAGGAAAGAAUCGUGUUGGGACAUAGCGGAAAGCUUGUUGCUUUCAGACUCAUUAAUACCGCAAAAGGCGAAACCAUUAGGAUCACAAACAACUUGAGAUUGUGUGAAGACUGUCAUGCUUUUAUGAAGUUUAUUUCAAAAUUUGCCAAGAGAGAGAUUCUUCUUAGAGAUGUGAAUAGGUUCCACUGUUUUAGAGAUGGAGUUUGUUCAUGUGGUGACUAUUGGUAGUUAUUGGAAGAACACUAUGCAGUUAAAUCUUUAUGAAGUAAUUCUAAUAUAGUCACAGAAAUUGAACGAUGUCAUGGUUCCAUACACAAUAAGUCCCAGUUGAGAUCUGCUGUAAAUCUUUGUUUCUUU